GAGCUUGCUUGGUUGCUGCUGAACUGGACCUUCAAGAAGGCUGAACAACUACAUUGACCAACUCCUCCACAACAACACAUCUAAUACUUCCCCCACCACAAACCACACUAUCGCCAACAUGGCGGAAAUACUUUUGGGAAUCACUGGAAAGGACUUCACCAUCAUCGCAGCAUCCAAGGCUGCGAUGCGAGGCGCCACCAUCCUCAAGACAACCGAUGACAAGACCAGAGCUCUCAACAAGCACACGCUGCUCGCAUUCUCUGGAGAGGCCGGUGACACAGUGCAAUUCGCCGAAUACAUUCAACGAAAUGCCCAGCUCUACUCGAUGCGAAACGAGUCCGACUUAUCCCCCUCUGCUCUUGCCCACUUUGUCCGUGGAGAGCUAGCCACCAGCUUGCGAUCCCGAAAGCCUUACAAUGUCAACCUGCUUAUGGGUGGUGUUGAUCCCAUCACUGGCAAGCCAUCCCUCUACUGGCUCGACUACCUAGCGUCGCUGGCCGAGGUUCCCUAUGCCGCACAUGGAUACGCACAAUACUACUGCCUCUCCAUCCUCGACAAGCACCACCACCCCGAUAUCACUCUCCACCAAGGCAUCAAGAUUCUGACGAUGUGCAUCGACGAGCUGAAGCGCCGAUUACCGCUUGAUUUCAAGGGUAUGGUGGUCAAGGCGGUCAAGGCAGAUGGAAUUGUGGACAUAGAGUUCGACGACGACAAGGUGGUCAAGUGUGCUUAAGAGGCGACCGCAAAUGGAAAGGAAACAUGAAUUUGUAUUACUAGAUGGGUCCUGGAGGCCAAUGCUUACACAAAGAUGGUUUCCUCCCCGACGGCAUAUUGAAAUCCAAGUUACAGUUGUCUUCCACAACUCACUUUACGUGCAGGCUACAGUGGUUGUAUAGCAAGAUGGCUUCUAAAUGAGAACACGUUCAGCAAUUGUUCAGCGCGAAUUUCCGGUUGCAUUAGCACUCCAGUAUUUCAGAUGAUGAUCGACUGCCUUGUUUUUCUAUUCUAUCUGUAUCAAGUACCUACUAGGUAUGCAUUGAUGCUCCAUUGUUUAGUACUUACUGCUUGACACCCGGCAUAUAUGUAGUUGGAAGCUUUCUUACUGUUUUACCAGAAGCUUAAUAGGUUUAGUACGAGAGAACAGCGACAAUGGCUCAACUAUAAUAUUCAUUGAAUAAAGAGUUGUGACCUUGGUGAACGUUAGAAUGUUCGAAAGCAAUCCAGACAAAAUUAUUAGUCGUCUACUCUUAGCUAUAUGCACAUUAAGAGUGAUUUGAUAUUCUCAUCAACCAUCAAAUCAGCACCGAUUUUUAUGCAACUCGCCUGAGUGACUACAUGUUGUUCGUGGUGGGUUGUAUUUUUCUGAACUCUCCCAUACAUGCAUACAUCUUCGCCGUAUUAACCAAUCAUCAAAGACAUCUUGCAUGAGCUGAAUGGCAUUAAGGCUUGAUGUUAGCAUCUCGAUCUUGGGUCACAAUCUUACAGCCAAGCAACCCCAUGAUAAGUCUAGCUCGAUUCGAUACACACACUUGCCUGCCCCAUAUCAACAUCAAAGAUAGCCUGCAAGCAACAGCCCAAAUGUACAGAUACAUCGCAUAAUAGAUGUUGAGAGACAAGUUAUUGAUGGGGAAAUAUCCUCGUAUUGCUAGUUAGUAUUUCUGUGCCACAUGAGGUCAAUCAACAGGGAUAUGGGUGUACGAGAGAGUGGCAUCCCGAGCCAUCACGAGGUGCAAAUUGCAUGGCAGAGUACGCAAGUAUCCGUCACGCUUCAAUUCUGUAUGACUCAAGUAUGCAAAUUGCUAGAAAUAACCAUUAUCACUGUGAAGUCUCGAGUUAAAGGUCUAUGGGUCAUGAUUGUUUGUCCUAAAGCCUGGGCUCAAUCGAGGGUGGCAUACAAGGUACCUACG